CAUUUGGGCAAAUAUUUCGCUCAUGCGAAAAUUAUUAUGAAUAUUUUGCGAUAUUAAUUUUGUGAAUUUAGAAUUUUUGUGAUGGGUCAUUUUUCGAUUUGGGGAACUUUUUUAAUUUUUGUGUUAAGUCUUGCCUUUGUACGAUUCGUCACAAGUGAAAAUAAUGAACGAAUCAGUAAAUUUCUGCUGAUGUCACCAAAGGAACGUAUGGAAUUAAUUCGUGCGGCAAUUAUGAACUACGGACCUGUUAACCAAAAUCAUUUUGGAGAAGAUGAUUCUGAUGAAUUUUUCGAUUCCUCCCCUUAUGGCCCUGAUCCAGAGCUAAAUCCAAAUCUCCCGUAUAACAUCCAGAACGUUCGGAGUGUCGGAGAGCCAAAAGGCAAUCAACGCCGCGAUGUGAAUGACAAACAGCCACAUUUUCAGCCAUUAUGCGAAACUUAUCGCAGAUCCGUCAAAUUGGAUAACAUGUUUUAUGAAUAUCGGCCGAAUCAUUACGAUGAGGUUUAUUGCGUUUAUCCCUAUGUUGCAGACCAAAAUGUGGACAAUAAUGUCUGUAACGAAGGAGGUUUUCAUUGCAUCCAACUGAAUCGAACGAUUUUCGUGACAAAACGUGAAAAAGGUUCGAGCUGUUGGGAGGUCGAACAUCGCAGAGUUGCUUCUGGCUGUGAGUGCAUGUGGCCCAAGCACUACAGAGGAGACAUACAAUUCUUUCAAUAAUUUUGUUCUGAUGUAAUUAUAUUUAUUGUUUAACUUGAGAGAUCAUCAAAUGUAUUGACGC